GGAAUACGCGAGUUCUCCACACCAAAAAUCAGUCGGUGUUGAAUUUUCGUGAGGUUUGUGUCGAACAAACGUCAAAAAUCUUGAUGAUCCAGGGACGGAACUUUAAAAAUUUGAAUGUAGCAGACUUGGUGUCGACUUCGUAUAAUCUAUUAUGUCAUUUAAUAGCCGUCCUGAUAUUAUAAUGACCGGCAGACGCGUGUGAUUGUGGCAGUGCAGUGUGAGGGUGAAAAUAUAAUGUAUAUUUGAGCUGAAAAGUGAAGUGAAACUGUGAAACUGCAAAAUGGCGGACCUGGAAGCUGUAUUAGCCGAUGUCAGCUAUCUGAUGGCUAUGGAAAAAAGCAAAUGCACCCCGGCGGCAAGGGCCAGCAAGAAAAUCGUACUGCCAGACCCUAGCGUUCGAAGUGUGAUGCACAAGUAUCUAGAAAAGAAGAACGAGGUGAAUUUCGACAAAAUCUUCCAUCAGACUUUAGGAUAUUUACUAUUUAAGGAUUUUUGUGAGAACCUUUCUGAAGAACCGGUACCCCAACUUCGAUUUUACGAAGAGAUCAAAUCUUUCGAGAAACUGGAAUGCCACGAAGAAAGGUUGAAAUGCGCAAAAGACAUUUAUGAUAAUUUUAUAAUGAAGGAGCUUCUAUCCAGCUCGCAUGAUUAUUCAAAGGAUUGUCUGUUGCACGUUCAAAGGCAUCUCACGAAAAAUGAAGUGCCAGUAACUCUAUUUGAGCCUUAUAUAGAAGAAAUUUAUACACAUCUAAGGGAUGAACCAUUUAAAAAAUUUUUAGAGAGUGAUAAAUAUACUAGGUUUUGUCAAUGGAAAAAUUUAGAAUUAAAUAUACAAUUAACAAUGAACGACUUCAGCGUGCACAGGAUAAUAGGCAGGGGCGGCUUCGGGGAAGUUUAUGGCUGUCGGAAAGCCGAUACUGGCAAAAUGUACGCCAUGAAAUGUCUGGAUAAGAAAAGGAUCAAAAUGAAACAAGGAGAAACGUUGGCGCUGAACGAGAGAAUAAUGCUCUCGUUGGUCAGCACAGGUCAAGACUGCCCUUUUAUAGUUUGCAUGACGUACGCUUUUCACACGCCCGAUAAACUGUGUUUCAUACUGGACCUGAUGAACGGCGGCGAUCUGCAUUACCAUCUGAGCCAGCACGGCGUGUUCAACGAGUCCGAGAUGAAAUUUUACGCCGCCGAAGUUAUUUUAGGAUUAGAGCAUAUGCAUAGGCGAUAUAUUGUAUAUAGAGAUUUAAAACCGGCGAAUAUUUUAUUAGACGAACACGGACAUGUUCGUAUAUCCGAUUUAGGAUUAGCCUGUGAUUUUUCAAAGAAAAAACCCCACGCCAGCGUAGGAACACACGGUUACAUGGCACCGGAAGUAUUAUCGAAGGGUACGCCGUACGAUUCGAGCGCAGACUGGUUCAGCUUCGGUUGUAUGUUGUACAAACUGUUGAAGGGCCACUCGCCCUUCCGCCAACACAAAACCAAAGACAAACACGAGAUAGAUAGAAUGACCUUAACUAUGAACGUAGAACUACCGGAUUCGUUUAGUAAAGAAUUGAAAUCACUGUUAGAAGCUUUACUGCAAAGAGAUAUCGACAAAAGACUGGGCUGUAAGGGAAAUGGCUCCGAAGAAGUCAAAGAACAUCCGUUCUUCGCCGGCAUCGACUGGCAGCAGGUCUACUUACAGAAAUACACCCCGCCGCUGAUACCUCCGAGGGGGGAGGUGAACGCGGCCGACGCCUUUGACAUUGGUUCGUUCGACGAGGAGGAUACCAAGGGCAUCAAACUCACCGACGCCGAUCAGGAACUGUACAAAAACUUUCCGCUAGUGAUAUCCGAACGGUGGCAGAACGAAGUCGCCGAAACCGUAUUCGAAACCGUUAAUUUCGAGGCCGACAAACAGGAGCACAAGAAGAAGGCCAAGCAGAAGAAACUCUACGAUUUGGAUGAAAAAGAAACCGACUGCAUUUUACACGGGUACGUAAAGAAACUGGGGGGACCCUGGACGUCUAGUUGGCAAAUGAGGUACGCCAAAUUGUACCCAAACAGGUUAGAACUCCAUCCCGAUUCAGCUAAACCGGAAUUAGUAUUUAUGGACCAGAUAGAAGAGGUCAGUCCCGAUCUGGUGCAAGUCAAGAACGAAAAUUGCAUCGUGGUGAGGUUGCGCGAUGGAAAAGUUGUUCUUACAAAUCCCGACGAAAUAGGCCUAAAGGAAUGGUUGACAUCCUUGAAGUCUGCGCACAAAGUAUCCCAAGAACUCCUCGGAUCCAUGGCGAAGAAGGCCGGCAAAAUCUACGGCACAGACUCCAACAACCGCAAGGACAUUAUCAUAGCUCGUAAUACGAACGGCAACUAACAACUAUUUGUAAAAUAAAUUUUAAUAAUAACAAAAAAUUAUCUUCAUCUCCGACAUAUUUCAACAGGGAAACAAGAUCAGACCCUGGAAGAUUUAACUAAAAAAGAUUAAAAAAAAACUCUUUCAGAAAGAGACAACCCGCGCGUUCGGAAGGGAAUGGAACAUGACAAUUUUUAAGCAUAAUUUGAUGUAUUUCGUUUAAUGAGAAUUUAUAUUUUUAUUUAUGCAUUUCUUAGGGAACUAACUGCUUACGAGAAAAAUAUUCCUUGUAAUGUAGUCGUCGAUUUUUUUUAUAGUGAUGUGCGUUUUUGCGAGAAUAGUGCGUAGAAAAGCUGUUCUGUAGUCGUAGGCGGCCAGAAACUCUCAAACAACACACACGACAGUUGCUGUACGUCAAACGUCAACAUCAAAUGUCGUUUGUCAAUUUCAAACGUCACUUGUCGACUGUAAAAAUACCUUGUCAUGAAUAUUCAUUAGAAAUAUGGCUUGAUAAGUGUUUAUCGUUUUGGGAGUUGUUUUAGAGACAUAUCGGAUAAAAUUAGACCAAGUAUUGUGCGUCAAACAAUCAUCAAGUCGUCGGUACGGGUUUUUUUUUUAAGGAGAGAGACUUAUUUUUUAUAGGAUUUUAAAAUAGUUGUAGAAUUAAAAAUGGUCGGAUUGUAAGAAAAUGGACUUUUUUUAGUUUAUCGAAUUGGAGAAAAAUAAAAUAAGUAUAUGCGCG